AUGCAACGGGCGAAACAAUGCGACUUCGUUCAUUCGAAAGAGCCUUCUUUCCUUGGCGAAAGCCGAAAAAUUACUUGGAUAGAUGACAGUCGAAAAAUUUGGGGAAAAAAAUUGUUUAAUGAGUCUUUUAUAUUAGAAGCAGCUGAAGCGUGGUGGAAAAGCGGAUCUUCGAAUAAUUAUAUCUCGGAUUUUGAAGAUUUUACUCAUCAUAAAUUUUUAGAAGAAAGCGACUUCUUUGCCCAGCUGGCGAGCAUGGAAAAAACUUAUAUUGGUUGUGGAACUGCAAAUUGUCCUGCGCAUGAUGCUGAAUUCAAUACGAUGCAGACGGUGGUGUGCCAGUAUUAUCCACGAAUUCAACGCAAUUCGAGUAAAUCUGUGGAACUAUGGGGAGCCUUACGCACUUAUGAGCAACAGAUUCGCGAUGUAAUUCAGGAUCAUUCUUGA